UAUUGAACUUGUCCGUAUUUAUUUAUCUUUACAAUAUUUGAAAAUGUUGCAAUUAGUUAAGAUCGGAAUAUUUUUGUGUUGUUUCUCACUUUCGUCUCCACUUUUAUUAGACGAUGCAUGUAGACAUGGGUGGCUGCACUUCCGAGAUAGGUGUUACAUGUUUGCCAUAGAGAAAGAAACUUGGACAAAUGCUGAGUUUCGUUGCCGUGUUUUUGGAGGACACCUAGCUGAAAUCGAGGAUGCUGAUACAAACAAGUUCUUGAAAGAUACAGCACAAAUGAGGAAUUCAAAUGAUCACAAACAUCAUUAUUUCAUUGGACUGACUGACGAAGCCGCAUUGGACGAGUGGGAAUGGGUGGAAAGCGCUACAAAACCAAACUUUACAGAUUGGGGUAAUAACCAGCCAGAUCACAAUGGAAACGAUGAACACUGCGUUUUAUUUUAUGCGCGUGAUCAUUAUCGAUGGCAUGACGCAGAUUGUGACGAUCAUAAUUAUUUUAUAUGUGAAGAAGAAGAAGUAAAUUCAGGCGGAAGUAUCAUUGGUUGAAAAUAAAAAUGAAACAUGUA